GCAAAUUCCUCGUCACAUAUUUUUAACAAUUCUUUCCAUUGUUAUUAAAAUUUGUGUGUGUUGUUACCAGGGAAGGGUUCAUCUGUGUCCCUCUUUGAUGUUCCCGUUGCUGCCCGUAUUCACUUCAGCUUUAUUUCUGAGGGUUCCGGCCGUACAUGUACGCCCACGUACUUCGAUAGUUAACAGGUUCGCUGUUGGAUUUCAAUCCCAUUGCCCCGAGUCAUCAUUCGCACGAUUAUUUCAUCGCAUGGGUACCAUGGUGGACAAAUCAGUAGCAUCGGCUGAUGACCGUGUUGUCAAGGAUCCGGCUUCAUUUCAGCUACAAAAGAAUCCUGAAUUCAUCAAAUCUCGUCUUGCCAUUUUUGAGGAGCUGUACAACCGUCAGCAGAAGCGCAUUGAUGAAUGUGAAAAGGUGGACAUUAUUAUAAAUUUGGAAAUUCCAGACAAGCAUGUAGAGCCAAUAACUGGGAAAUCAUGGUUGACAUGCCCCGCUGAUUUGUUGAAGCAUUUGAGUAAAUCAGAAUCUCAGGGCAUUAUUGUAGCUGAGAUACGUCCAUCUACUAAGCUUGUAGAGCAUGUAGCUGACAUUGAGGGUGACGGUGAAUAUACUGACGAGUGGUUGAUGUGGGAUCUUUACAGGCCAUUAGAAUGCGACUGUACAGUUAGAUUCCAUACCUUUGAAUCUCCCAAAGGCCAGCACGUAUUUUGGCAUUCCUCUGCCCACUUGCUUGGUUCUGCUCUUGAGACUCUAUAUGGAGCGUAUAUAACUAUAGGUCCUGCUCUAAGCCAGGGAUUUUACUAUGACUGUUACUUGGGCAACAACACCUUCAAGCCUGAUGACAUGGCUUUGAUAACUGAGCAAGUGUCUACUGUAACCAAGACCAAGUCACCAUUUCAACGCUUGGUUUGCAGUAAGGAGGAGGCUUUAGAGUUGAUGAAGCACAAUCCUUUUAAAGUGGAGCUCAUUCGCAAGAAGGUGCCUGAUGGCAGCAGCACUGUUUGUUACCGUUGUGGUGAUUUUGUUGACCUUUGUCGUGGCCCACAUCUACCUUUUACUACAUCGGUUCAUCACAAAGCGAUGACGGUGACCAAGUUUUCAUCGUGUUACUGGUUAUCUAAGAACACUGCUGACUCCCUGCAGCGUGUUUAUGGGAUAUCGUUUCCCAAAGAGGCACAAUUGAAGGCUUACGAGCGUCGUAUAGAGGAUGCCAAGGCCAAUGAUCAUCGUUUGCUUGGUACUACUUUGAACCUGUUCCACUUUGACAAUAUUCAUUCUCCCGGUUCUUGUUUCUGGUUGCCAAAUGGCGCCAAGAUUUACAACCGCUUGGUUGAUUUUAUGCGUGAGAACUAUCGUUUGCGUGGAUACCAGGAGGUGAUUACUCCCAAUAUAUACUCUUGUGAGCUUUGGAAGACAUCUGGCCACUACGAUAACUACAAGGAGAACAUGUAUAUGUUUACUGUUGACGAGGCUGAAUGGGGAAUGAAGGGCAUGAAUUGUCCUGGUCACUGCUUGAUGUUCAAGCACAUGAACCCUUCUUAUAGGCAGUUGCCUUUACGUUUUGCCGAUUUUGGCGUUUUACAUCGUAACGAGCUUACUGGCAGUCUUAGUGGCCUCACUAGGGUUCGCCGGUUUCAGCAGGAUGAUGCCCAUAUUUUCUGUACUCCUGAACAGAUUAGUGCAGAGGUCCUGUCUAUGCUUAAAUUUAUUGACGAUGUUUAUUCCUUAUUCAAUUUCGAGUACAACUUUAAGCUUUCCACCAAGCCUGCUAAGGCCCUUGGGGAUGAUGAACUUUGGAACAAGGCUGAAGCUGGUUUACAAGAUGCUUUGGAGAAAUGUGGUCGUCCUUGGACUCUGAACCCUGGUGACGGUGCCUUUUAUGGACCCAAGAUUGACGUAAUUCUGCUGGACAGCUUAGAGCGUGAACACCAGUGUGGCACUGUUCAGUUGGACUUUAAUUUACCCAUUCGAUUUAACUUGGGUUACCGUGACAAGGACUCUGAGGACAAUACUGACUGCAAGCGCGGUUACUCUCGUCCUGUGAUAGUCCACAGGGCAAUCUUUGGUUCUUUAGAGCGCUUUAUCGCCAUUGUCAUCGAGCAUAUGAAGGGCAAGUUGCCAUUUUGGCUAUCUCCAACUCAGGUUGCCGUGCUUCCCAUAUCAGACAAGCACCUUGAUUAUGCCAACAAGAUUUACCGCAAGCUGCUUCACCUCGGUUACAAUUGUUAUGUUGAUUCCAGUGCCAACACGAUGAACAAGAAGAUUAAGCUGAACCAGGCUCAGCGUUAUAACUACAUGUUGAUUCUUGGUGACCGUGAGGUUGAGACUGAGACGGUAUCUGUCAGGGCCAUGGACUCCCAGGACAACGAGGUGCUGACUUUAGAGCAGUUGUAUGCCAAGCUGGCCGAUGAAGCGGAGUCUUACAAGCGCAACAUCAGUUGCUUCCACCUGGAGGAGUGAGUUCAC